AUGAUACCGUUUUUGGGCAACAUUUUACAAUUAGAGAUCGAUCCCCGUAAACAAUUUGCUAAAUUUCGUAGAAGAUAUGGUGAUUUAUUUAGUUUAUACAUCGGGAAUAAACAUAUCGUAGUAUUAAAUGGAUUUGAAACAUUACAGGACCUACUAGUGAAAAGUGGUGACAAAUUGAGCAACCGCCCAGAUACUAAGACGAUGGAAAUGGUGGGAGGAUACAAAGGUAUUAUCUCUACAUCUGGCAAAGUAUGGCGAGAACAAAGAAUGGUUUCACUGGCUUUGCUUCAGAGAUUUAUUUCAGAGGAUGGUAAAUUAAUACCCAGAGAAGAACUCAUUCCUUUUAGUAUGGGAAAACGAAAAUGCAUGGCAGAGACUACAGCCAAGAUGGAAACAUUUCUUUUCUUUUCUCAUAUGAUUCAAAAAUUUAGAUUUAUAACCGAACCCGGAAAGCCAGCCCCUGGAUUCGAACCCGCCUUUGGAGUAACCAGUGCUCCUAAGGCUUACAAAAUAUGUGCUAUUCCCCGGUAA